AUGUUAGACAAGUUUGGCAUGAGUAUAUCGAAAGUUGUGAGUACUCCAUUAUCGAAUCUUUUUAAGAUUUCAUUGGAUCAAUGUCCAAAGAUAGAUGCAGAAGUUGAGUAUAUGUCAAAUGUCCCUUAUGCUAGUGUUGUUGGUUGUUUAAUGUAUGUUAUGGUCUGUACUAGACUAGAUUUGGCACAAGCUGUAAGUCAAGUCUGUAAGUUUAUGUCCAAACCAGGAAAGCGUCAUUGGGAAACAGUCAAGUGUAUUUUCAUGUACUUGAAGGGUACAAUGAGGUAUGGUAUUAUGUUUAGCAGUAAACAGGGUAAUCCAUCAGUCGUAGGAUAUGUUGAUUUAGACUAUGUUAGUGAUAUGGAUGAUAGGAGGUAUAUAACAUGGUAUGUCUUUACUUUAGCAGGAGGACAUAUUUGUUGGAAAUCAUCGGUUCAAUAUAUAUUGGCCAUGUCGACAACUGAAGCAGAAUACACGACGACGGGAGAAGCUGUCAAAGAAGCCUUAUGA